AUGCUCCUUUUCCCGUCACAUGCGGUGACCGGCUGUACUGGGCACGCAGCACGCUGCCCAGCGCGCUGGGGUACCGAGCCGCAAGCAGCACCGUCUGGUUCCAGAGGCUGCGCACUUCCCCUGCGUGCCCUGCCACGAUUUCUCAGCAUCGGCACAGCAGUGGCAGCACAGCGCUGGUGGCGAAGGAGGCAGGGGCCCACACUCAUGGCAGCCUCGCGAACGGGCGCAGACACGGUCGCAGUCGCUCAGGGCGACGCAACAGGGCUUCUGCUCAUAGAGCACCUGAAUUUGAAUGUGCUGAGUACACAAGUCGCCCUGGAGUUCUACGAGGCGCUUGGAUGCUGUCGAGACGCGAGACGACCGAUGAACAAAACUUUGCACAGUAACUGCGGCUCUUUGACGCAGUUUCACACACCGUCGCCGGACAAUGAAGCCUACAUCGCAGGCGAUGGUGCUCAGACUUGGCGUGGUCACGUGGAGUUGUUGUACGACAGCCUCGAGUCACUUCAAGCAGCGGCCACGCGCGUCGCGCAACUACGUCAAAAGGCCGAGUUUCAAGGAACGAGCUUGGCCGUCGGUGAUUGGAAUGAAGAGCAACAGGAGCUGUGGGCAACCGACGCAUACGGCAACAAGUUUGCCCUGCGCAUUGCCUCGAAUGCGGCGGCUGCGGCCCUGACUGUUGGAAUCCGGCCAGGCGCAGAGGACUGCAAGGUCCUUGGCAUCGGCUCCGUGACCUUGCAGGUACCUCCCGGCACGGCGGAACGUGGAGCCAAGUUUUAUGCUGAGCUUCUGGGCUUCUCCAUGACAAGAGAGCCCGGUGCCUGGGCGCUCUUGGGCGGCCCCCACUCGGCUCAGCGCUUGCGCUUGGAGGAACACGCCGGCUGCAGCGGACAAGAGCUGGGGGAGCACCUGGCCAUCUACAUACAAGAUUUCGAUGCGUGUUUCGAGCGCUUGCGCCAGCGAGGUCUUAUUUGGGUGAAUCCUCGGUUUGUACAUCUCGACAAGUCCACGAACCUCGACGAGGCACGGAAAUACAACUGCUUCCGCUUCAAAGACAUCCUGGAUUUGGAAUCUGGCGAGAAGCUCUUCGAGCUAGAGCAUGAGGUGCGCUCCACGGGCCACAAGAGUUGUCCGUUGAGAACCGCGAACUAG